UUUUUCAUGACCGACAUGCUCUUCUAACAUAUAAUAUUAAUAGGAACACAACGUUGCAGUGAAGAUCAACGCAGCUCCGAAAGACCCCCAAGUUGUAAGUUCCCCAUCAGACCCUGGUCUUCUCAUAGAGUUUGGUUUGAUACUCCUAGAGGUUGGUUUGAUACUCCUAGAGUUUGGUUUGAUGCUCCUAGAGUUUGGUUUGAUAAUUAGAGUUUGGUUGGAUACUCAGAGUUUGGUUUGAUGCUCAGAGUUUCGUUUUUGAUUUCGUUUUGCUAUUUGUAGAACCUCCGCUCAUCACGCGUGUCUGCAGUCCAAUGGCUCCCUCUGCAGGGGACUCUGAUCAUUACAGAGUGGAAGCAAAUCACUUCAGAAUAGGAAGCAUAUGAAUAGGAAAUAUUUAAUUUGUUAUCCUUUAUUACUCAUCGACGUAUUUUUAUCUACGAAUACAUUACAUCUGUGGAUUUAUGAGUUUGAUCAUUUCUUUUAUUUCACUGCUGUGGGGGAAGAAGACGAGCUUUAGUAAAUGUUGGACACCUUGUGAUUGCCAUCGAUGAUGUGAGGGGAGGAAAGGAGUUGGAGGGGCCCCGCUGGGUUAAUAACAGGAGCGCGGUGGUCAAGCUGCUGCAGAAGGGGGGGGUGUCGCUCCACUUCAUCCGAUCCGUUUUAUGCGAACGGUUCUCAUCAAGUAGGAGUGGGAGGAGUAUUUCCAGCAACGUACUUGAUAUCCAAAAUAACCCCCUGGUGUCGGGAGAAGAGCAGAAGGUAUAAAUACCCCUGCUGUACCAGUUCUCUAUGGACCAUAGGUGAGUGGUUGAACCAACACUAGGUAAGAGAAAGAGAUUCUCAAGUUCUAGACUAGCAGAAAAGGACCUUAGCCGAUCCAACCCUUUGACGGAUCCACUCCGGCUGGAGAAACCAUCUCUGACUUGUCCCUCCCGACCCGUUAGACCAGAGCGUCCAGCGAACACAACAGAAGAGUUGGUCAAUGAGCAUAAUUUGUGUAUUAUUCUAGAGUGCGGUUUCCAUUGCACAAUGUGGUUGACACUUCGUUGCAUAUUUCUGUACCUGUGCGUAAUCAACGUCGUGCUUUCCAUGGUCUAUGAAUCGGAGGAUAUUGUACCGGUCAGGAUAAAUGGAAGAGGCAGAGGGCGCUUCUGGAAAAGGAGCGAGGAACAGCCGAUAUUCACUCUCAAUGCCUUUGGCGAAGACUUCACGUUAAAUCUGACGCCAGACACCAGCUUUAUCGCGCCUUCGUUCACAAUCCAGCGCGUCACAGCCAAACAUGUCGAGGUUUUACAAAGCGCUCCGGGUGCCCAACGACCAGAUGUACUCCAUGACUCGAUACACCAACUCAGAGGCUGUUUCUACUCGGGGAACGUGGACUACAAUCAGGACUCAGUCGUUGCUGUCAGCUUGUGUAACGGAAUCUUCGGGUCAUUCAUUAACGAGGGAAAGGAAUAUGUGAUUGAGCCAAAGCAGUUCGGCCUAGGAUUCGGGGCUAUCGAACAGCUGCAUGUCAUCAAAAGAAGAAUUCACAACAAUACAGUUCACAGUGGCCCGCUGUCACCUGGUCAUCACAGUGAGGAAAGUCCAACGGAGUGGGACAAGGACCUUUUUACGCGCGGACUGCAUGGCGCACAGAGGAAACCUCGCCAGAAACGUUUUGUGUCCGCGCCACGAUUUAUUGAAACCUUAGUGGUUGCAGACGCAUCCAUGACCCAGUUCUAUGGAGAUGAAAUCAAGCACUACAUCCUGACCCUGGUUUCCAUGGCAGCGCAGCUGUAUCAGCAUCCCAGCAUUAAGAACUCUGUGCACAUGGUGGUGGUGAAAAUGCUGGUUGUGGAGGAUGAAGAGGUGGGCCCCGCUGUCUCCAGCAAUGGAGGCCUUACCCUGCUCAACUUCUGCUCCUGGCAGCAGCGGUUCAACCCGCCUAGCCACAGGCACCCGGAGCACUACGACACGGCACUGCUCUUCACCCGAGAGGACAUCUGUGGAUACCAGAGCUGUGAGACGGUGGGCGUGGCAGACGUAGGCACCAUGUGUGAUCCCAAGAGAAGCUGCUUCGUCGUCGAGGACGAUGGCUUGCAAGCAGCGUUCACCGUUGCCCACGAACUGGGCCAUGUGUUGAGUAUGCCCCAUGAUGACUCCAAGACCUGUGAGAGGCUGUUUGGGGCCCUGGGGGGCCAGCACCUCAUGGCCCCAGUGAUCCUGAACCUCAGCAGGACCGCCCCCUGGUCGCCCUGCAGUGCCCUCUACGUCACAGAGUUCUUCGACAACGGACACGGAGACUGCCUGCUGGACGCCCCGGAGACGGCCAUGCCGCUGCCCCGGGGGCUGCCCGGCCGCACCUUCAGCCUGGACCGCCAGUGCCAACAGAUCUUCGGAGAGGAGUUCCUCCGCUGCCCCAACACGUCGGACAGCGAGCCCUGCUCCCAGCUCUGGUGCCACGAGGAGGGCGGCCACCACUGCACCACCAAGAACGGCAGCUUGCCCUGGGCCGACGGCACCGCUUGCCCCAACGGAACAUGUCUUCAUGGGAUGUGCCGGGCCACCCAGGAGGUCCUGCAGCCACGGGUGGUGGUAGACGGGGGCUGGGGCCUGUGGGGGUCGUGGCGGGAGUGUUCCAGGACCUGCGGGGGCGGAGUGGAGUUCUCCUAUAGAGAAUGCCAGGACCCUGUACCCCAGAACGGGGGGCGGUACUGCGAGGGCCAAAGGGUGCAGUACCGCUCCUGUAACCCACAGCCCUGUGAGGACAGUGAUGGAAAGAGUUUCCGAGAACAGCAGUGUGAGAAGUACAACAGCCCACACUACCUGGAUUUCAACGGUCACAUGAAAGAGUGGAUCCCCAAGUAUGCGGGCGUGUCCCCUAGGGACCGCUGCAAGCUCUUCUGCAUCACGCGGGACAGCAGCGAGUUCAAGGUGUUCCAAGCUAAGGUAAUUGACGGCACCACCUGUGGGCCUGACACCACCUCGGUGUGUGUCCAAGGCCAGUGUGUGAAGGCUGGUUGUGACCAGUUGAUUGGAUCCAACAAGAAGUUUGAUAAGUGUGGAGUGUGCAGAGAAGCCGCCACACACGAGCUCACCUGCAUGAAGAUCACAGGUUCCUACAGCAAAGCCAGAUAUGGAUACAGCGACAUUGUGACUAUUCCAGUCGGUGCGACCAACAUCGACAUCAAACAACGCAGCCACCGUGGGGUCAGACACGACGGCCACUACCUGGCCAUCAAGAGAGCAAAAGGCAGCUACGUCCUCAACGGUAACUUCUCCGUGUCCACGCUGGAGCAGGAUAUCCCCGUUCAGGGCGCUACUCUCAAGUACAGCGGCUCCUCCACCACCCUGGAGCGGAUCCAGGGCUUCAGGCAGCUCAGGGAGGCCCUCACCAUCCAGCUCCUGGUCCUGGGGGGCCACUCCAUCCCUCCCAAGGUCAAGUACACCUUUUUCAUCCCCAGGGACACCACCUUCAGCAGUAGGGCAGCCGAGGAGCGGCCGGGCGCCGCCCUCUCCCCGCACAUGCUCCGCCCGCUGGGCCAGCCACAGUGGGUUCUGGGAGAGUGGUCCCAGUGCUCCAAGAGCUGUGGCUCGGGAUGGUCCAGGAGGAACGUGGACUGCCUGGACGGCGCCGGGUUCCACUCCGGGCAGUGUGACCGGGACCUGAAGCCCGUCGACAUCCGUCCCUGUGGGGACGCGCCCUGCCCCAUGUGGCAGAUGGGACCUUGGUCCGCAUGCUCACGAACUUGUGGUGCAGGGGCGCGGCGGCGCAGCGUCUUCUGCACCGAGUACACCGGGAACAUCGUGGAGGUGGCUAAGUGCGACCCCAAAAAGAUGCCUGAGCCAGUGUCCGGGGAAUGUCUCGACCGAGACUGUGCAUGAAGGAAAAGAGUGGACUUUUGGAAAGUGAAUCGUUUGUAGCCCAAAUAGGUGGUUGACGAGGCCCGCCUUCAGAGGGAUGAUGUUGACCAUGGUAACCAGCCAGUCGCGUUAGAGCCUUCUACUUGGUCACUGUGCAACCCCCUUGACAUUUUAGAACCACUAUUGAAAUGUUGUCAUUAAAUCUACCUCAGGAUGUAUAUGUUUUGUGUGUCAAUACUAAAUGACGGUACUGUUACGUUUCUAGCCUAUAUAGAUGGAGAGUCAUUUUAUUAAUUCAUUGCGUUAUUACUUUGAGGCAAUUGGAAUUAGCAAUUUUGUUUUUUUUGCAUGAACUCUGCUGUCAACAACAGUAUAGUAUCAAUAUCCCUCAAAUUUGUAUCCACAGAACUCAGUCCAAUAUAAAGCCUUAAUGAAGACUAUUAUUUAAGGUAUAAUGGCAGGUCAAUAUACAUUGACACUCUUUUUUCAGAUAAACUGACCUAUAAGAAUGGAUGUGUGUAAACUAAAGAUGUUAAAUCAUUCUAAGCAUAGUUAAUGACUGGGAAGCAUCCUAAUCAAGAAGCACCAUACACCAGACACAGGAAACCUUAUUCUGAUCUGUAGUGUGUAGUCUAUGCUCUGUGAACUAUAAUACAUUUUCUGCAUAGGUGUUACUGUUAGGAUAGCCAUAAGCAUUUUAUGUUCCUGUGUUUAAGGAUCAUAAUAAUAUGUAUUUUCUUUAAAAAAAUAUAUAUGUAAAUGAAAUAUUCAAAUGCACACUGUUUAUUCAUGAUUCUUUAUUCCAGUUUGGUAAAUCACAGUAUGUUAUAAGGCAUGAGAGACAAAGAAUCAGGCCUAUAUCCCUUCAGUGAAGGACCAUACAAUAUCAUUAUUACAGCUUCCUUUCAAGAUAUUUAUUUUUGUAAAGUUUUUACUUUGGUUGUUGAUUUACAUUUCAGAUGCUGCUUUAUUUGAGUUUUUUAUCUAGUAAAAUAAACUAAUUCAAACCAAUAAUUGCACAACUU